AGCAUGCGCAGGGGGGCGGGGGCAACGAGCCCGUCUUUCGCUCAGGCCCCGCCCCUCUGUCCCGCCCCCUCGCCGCCUGGGUAGCGGUCGGACCGGGGUACUAACCGCGUGUGCUUCCACUCGGAAGCUUUUCUGCACAACUCGGCGAGGGAACCGAGGCGCCCCUCAGUUUACCGGCUUGGCCCCAGGAUGGCCCCCAAACUCCCAGGCUCUGUGGAGGAGCUUCGCGCCGCCGGCAACCAAAGCUUUCGCAACGGCCAGUUCGCCGAGGCCGCCACGCUCUACAGUCGCGCGCUGCGGAUGCUGCAGGCGCAAGGUUCUUUGGACCCAGAAAAAGAAAGUGUCCUCUUCUCCAACCGAGCCGCAUGCCACCUGAAGGAUGGGAACUGUGUAGACUGCAUCAAGGACUGCACUUCCAUGAAGCCCCUGCUGCGGCGAGCAUCGGCCUACGAGGCUCUGGAGAAGUACCCACUGGCUUAUGUUGACUACGUGACUGUGCUGCAGAUCGACGACGGUGUGACAUCAGCUCUGGAAGGCAGCAGCAGGAUGACGAGAGCUCUCAUGGACUCCUUUGGGUCCGAGUGGCGCCUGAAGCUGCCCUCUAUCCCCUUGGUGCCUGUUUCAGCUCAGAAGAGGUGGGAGUGUUUGCCUUCGGAAAACCGCAAAGAGACAGCCAAAAGCAAAUCCAAAGAAACCACAACCGCCAAGAGCAGAGUGCCUUCUGCUGGGGAUGUGGAGAGAGCCAGAGUUCUGAAGGAGGAAGGCAAUGAGCUUGUGAAGAAGGGGAACCAUAAGCAAGCGAUUGAGAAGUACAGUGAGAGCCUCUGGUUUAGUAACAUGGAAUCCGCCACGUACAGCAACAGAGCGCUCUGCCAUCUGGUGCUGAAGCAGUACAAGGAGGCCGUGAAGGACUGCACCGAAGCCCUCAGGCUGGACGGAAGAAACGUGAAGGCCUUUUACAGACGGGCUCAAGCCUACAAGGCACUCAAGGACUAUACAUCCAGCUUUGCAGACAUCAACAGCCUCCUGCAGAUUGAGCCCAGGAACGGCCCUGCACAGAAGUUGCGGCAGGAAGUCAACCGGAGCUUAAACUAAAAUCCCAAAAGGGCAGUGGGACACCUGCCUGACCUCCUUCCUGUGCCUGCUCGUGGGACCUGACGUGCCCCAGAGCUCCCUCCUCAGACCUGAUGGCCUCCUGCCCAUUUAGAGGCUUUGGUUGUUCAAGCUGAGCUCAGCGUAGCCAAAAAUCAGACGUUUGUUGAAAAGGUCUCUCCCUGUUCUGCAUCCCCCUGUGCUGCGGACAGCUAGUGGGUCACACAGAUGGGUCCUUGUCAGCCAAGCAUUUGGCUCUGGCUCUAUCUCUACCCAGCAUGCUCCAGCCUGAGUGCUGCACUUCCAGUAUCACCAGGCCACCUCACCACAGUCCAUCUGAGCAACCCAAGCUGGGGUGGGGUUGGUGGCUGGAACACCGUGGCCGCCUUCACCCAAAGCAGCCUGUUGAGCUGGUUCUCCAGGGCUGCUGUCCCAGCCCUGUCCUUGGCCCAUGCUUCGUGCUGUGAACCCCAGUGCCUUUUGGCUGAGCCCUCCUUUGGUGGGGAUGCAGAACCUGACCCUUGGCUAGUUUUGUGGCUCUGUGCUGCCACCCCCCGUGCGGAGGUACCUAAGCUGUUUCAAGAGCCCAGAGGGGUGGCUGCUGCUCCCGAAGGUGGGAUGGGAGAAGGGCCCUCUUGAAGUCAGUGUCCCAUUCCCAGCAGGGACUUGCCUUUUGACCCCAGUGGUGGCCCCUCUGGGCUUCUUAGGUUCGUUAUAAUAUGUUGAUGUUAAUUUGAACUGAACUGAGUUGUUGAGAUGUGGGUUUCCACUGUUGAAGUAAACAUCUUCUCCGUCAGUGUCUAUUGUACUUUUGUUUGUGCUUUUCCAGCUUUGGUUCAUUUUGGAACAUGGCUGUAAAAAACCUGAAAAAAAACAAAACAACAACCAAAAAAAAAAAA